AUGUUGAAACUUCAGCUACUUUGGUUGAUAUCUUUGGCUUUGGCUCAAGCUAAAGAUACUUACUCCUCAUACGACUCAGUGACUUCAUUAGCAGCCACCACAGAUACUAGUUCAGAUGUUACUUCUACUGACACAACAACUGCUGCUGUGGUCACCACCCAAUCAUCAGAAACUUCAACAACCGGCACAAAUGCUAUUUCAGUUAUUGCCUCAGACAUAGCCUCGGAUGCUAGCUCAGGCGCUGCCGCUGUUGCCUCUGUUGCCUCUUCGGACGCUGACGCUGUUGCCUCUGUUGCCUCUUCAGAAGCAUCAGCCGCUAGUUCAGCCGCUGCAGCAGUAUCAUCUUCAUUUGGGGGAUACACGAAUCUGACAAUUACAAUCAGUCCGGUAUCUCUUGCACAGCAAACAUCAAGUACUGGAUAUCACACUCCUUCAUCAGGCACCACUUUAGAUACAACCCAAUACGACUACUCAACCACAGAAGUAACCAUUGGUUAUACCACUUACCUGUCUCCUUACACAGAAGAAAGCACAAAGGGAAAAGGGAAAAGAAAAACAACUGUGACUACCGUCAAGUACCUGACAAUCACCUCAGCGAUCGUCAGCGAACAAGUAGCCAGCUUUGUAGCUGCCUCCACUAUCGAAGCCAGCUCUUCUUCUUCUUCUUCUUCCCCCUCCUCUACAGAGGCUGCAGUUGUCACCACCUCAUCACAAGCUGUUGAUAUCCCUACAACUCUGGCUGCCGAAAGCCCUGGAUCUUCCACCACCACCACCACCACCUCUAGUGCUCAGUGGGAUUGGCAUGACACUACCACUGACUCUACUACUGCAAAAACCACCACUUACGCGACAUCCGCCAGUAGCGCCGAGUUCGAGCUGUCUGCCAUUGAAACUACCAGUUCCACUAGUGUAGCUGUUGCAGCCACAUCUUCAGAUGUCACAACCUCUACUUCCUCAUACGCCUAUAAAGUGACAUAUGCAACCUCUGAUACCUACGUAUCAUCUUCAAUAGAGUCUACCACUGAACUGACUAGUGCAUCUAGUGAAUAUGUCGCCACAUCAAAAUCCUCAAAAUCCUACUCAGCAGCUGUUAUUGCAACUACCAGUGCUGCAGCUACUAGUGCUGCGACUACCAGUACUUCUGAAUAUCCUACAGUUAUAGCGACAACCAGUUCUUCUUUGGUUUCUUCAUCUAUUUCUGAACAUUCUUCUGUUGAACCAACCACUACUGCUUCUGUUGAACCAACCACUACUGCUUCUGUUGAACCAACCACUACUGCUUCUGUUGAACCAACCACUACUACUUCUGCUAAGCCAACCACUACUGCUUCUGCUAAGCCAACCACUACUGCUUCUGUUGAACCAACCACUACUGCCUCUGAUAAGCUAACCACUACUGCUUCAUCAGAGUCUGUUUCUGCUUCUUCAGUAUCUGUUUCUGCUUCCACAAAUUCUCUCCCAACUUCAGUUGGCACUUCUGAGUCCGUUACCAGUUCUGUUUCUGAGUUGGUCUCUACCAAAUCAUCUCUGCUGAUCAGUGAAGCUGUGAAAACCACCGGUUCCGUUAUUGUUUCUUCUGAUACCACCAGUGGCCCAACCACAUUGGCUCCAAUGACAACAACUGAGAGUUCAGCUUCUUUGACAUCAUCUGGGACCCUUUCUGUUUCUGCUACUUCGAAAAUUGCUACCGAUGAGGUUUCUUCAGAAUCUUCAAUUUUGGCAGAAUCCACCUCUUCUGGAGUUCAUGGUUCUCUUACUAUUGCUUCUACCACUGGUGUAUCUUCUACCACCACUGGUGCUUUGUCUGGCACUGUUUCAGUUACUGCUUCAGUUACUUCCAUGCCAACUUCGGAAAUCGAAAGUAAAUUAUCUUCCAUGUUCAGUGCUGCCUCUAGUGAUUACUCUGAUAUGACCACCAUGAGCGAUUUCUCCAAGUUGACCAGUGAAUUGGCAUCUGCAGCUUCGUCUUCUACUUCUUUGGAUAGUGCCGUUGUUGCCAGUCUUAGUAGUGUCUUCAGUGUUCUUAAUAGCGCUGGUGUCGGGAAAACGAAAACCAGUUCUAGCGACUGGUUGCCAACUACUAUGGUCACUGCCACCUCCUCUUCAACCACCGAUGAUACUGCUUAUUCAAGUACCGUUUCUUCUUCAAGUACCAGUACUAAGACUUCGACACCUCAAUUGCCAAAUGCUAUUACCCCAGCUACCCAAGUCUCCGUGACUGAUAAUUACACCCUUAUCACCAUUGGGUUCAAGUCUAGUUUGAAUUAUCCAUUUGUGGUGUCUCAUUCUUUGGCUUCUGCACAAAUCUUCCAAUACUUGCCAGGUGUUUUGACUUAUGCUAUUAGUGAUGAUUCUAGCGUUGCCGUUAAGCAGUUGGUUCCAUUCCAAUCUUCUGAUUUAGAUUACAUUGUUACUGUCGCUGAAGUCUACUUCCCAAAGGACUGGGUUGACAUCUUGAAUGAAGACAUUCAAACCCCAUACUCCAAGAUUUACUUCAAUACCGAUGCUACCGAAAACAGUUUGGCUCAAUUGAUUGAUAUCAAUAUUCCAUUGACCGGGUUGGAAUCUUCUUCUAUCAGCAGUAGUAGUUCCAGUAGUAGUUCUUCCAGCGGUGGUUCAACCGACGUUUAUGUCAGUGGUGGUUCUGACGGGUUGACAUCUUCAUCGACUGGCUCUUUCGAUUCUGUUCAAAACACCGAUGUUCCUGCUAAUUCCAAGUUAGGAGUUGUUGGUACAACAUCUGGGGUUUCUGCUGCGGUUUAUAUCAGUGUUCUUUUGGUCGGAUACAAGGUUUACAAGAAUAAAAAGGGAUUAAGCUUCGUGUCAAGCAAGGAUGGUGAUAUUAUUUUGCCAGUGGCUGAACAUGGGGUCAUUGCUCCAGAAACCCAACAAGUGCAUACUGGUCAAGUGUUGAUUAACCCAGUUUACCAGGAUCCAUCAAUUGCCAGAAGAAUGUCUUAUCAAUCGUUGGUAUCCAACAGUUCUAAUUCAUUCAAUCAAAAUAAUCGGGAUGUUGCCGCCAUGGUGUUUGGCAAUGAUACCAUGUCAGAAAUCAUGACCAUCAGUGAAAUCGAUGAAAUCCAAACUCUUGGUGACGAAGUUGAAUCUAUUGUUCCUCACAUUUCAUCUCCAAACCCUCAAAGAUGGUUCUGA